AUGAAAGCGGAUGACGUAUCCAACGUAGGGGGAUGGGACUGGUGGUCCUGGCUCACAGCGGGAUUUCUGUCUUGUCGAUUGGGGACACCUGCGGUCGCUGGUGGUCGCACCGGGAUUCUCGGAUUCUCCUCUACCUCGACAGAAAACGUACGGGACGAGAGGACCAGCGCCGGGGUGAAACCGAUUGACUUCACGAAAUCCAAACGAACUCAGACGGCUUUUCAAAUACUCGGCGUGGGGGACCCUCUCCUCGACCAUGGAUUCCCGUUCCCCCCUCCCCCCUCACCCGUUCUACAGCCGGAUGCGAGGGGUGCUGCUGGCCAGGACAUCAGCCUACCAGCCCCAAACCUCCCCAACGCAGCAGAUACAGAUGGGGACCGACAGAGAGAGAGCAGAAGACAAGAGAAACAAAGAGAAAAGGAUGAGGAGGAAGAGGCAAGACUGAGACGGGUCGAAGAGAAGCGAAUAAAGGAAGACCAGGAGGAAGAGGCAAGACUGAGACGGGUCGAGGAGAAGCGGAUAAAGAAGAAAGACGGAGCGGAGAAAGCUGCACUCUAUCAAGAACAACAUCCACGUAGAGGGGAACUCAACGAAGACGACCUAAACCUCGAAGAUAUUCAAACUCAGUGUCCCAUGAUCCAGGUGGCUGGACCCCGUGGUCCUUUAUUCGUCUACCGACCAUGGACCAUAUCUGAGAUGAAAGAGAUAUCCAAAGAUCACCUCCCAAAUGUUGAGUUGGGAGGUGCGAAAUUCUCCACCGCACUCGAGAUGUUCUGCAGACAAUUCUCCCCCACCAUGCCAGAGAUAAAGAAACUGUUGACUUUGAAAAUGGGUCCGACACACGUCAGCCAUUUCACCCAGCUACUGGGGGGCCAGCAGCGCAUGGCUGAGACAGAGUGGGAGCAUAACGACAACGCUGCCUACCGCGAUGCGUUAACCACCCUCCAGGCAGCAAUAACAGAAAAGUUUCCCGCCAAGGUCGACAUGUCAAGAAUCUACGCAUGCAAACAGAAUGCUGAUGAGACAGUAAAUGACUAUUUCCACCGCCUAGAACAGGUGUUCGUUGAGAACAGCGGCCUGAUAAAACAAGAAGGGGGACUGGCACCCGCUUUGGGGGUCUGGGAGACCCACCUCAGCAACGCUUUUCUCAACGGCCUAUCCCCGGCUAUUUCUGCAUCGGUGCGGAGCUCCUGCAUUGGCGUUAUGGACGGCGCCCGGCUGGAAGAAAUUCGCCGACAUGCCGUGCAUGCUGAAAAACACCUGUCAGAAGAGAGGGCCAGUGAGGAAAAGAAACGCCGUGACCGCAAAGAAAAAGCCCAACUAACCAUGGUCCAGGCUGUCACAACCGCCUGGUCCAAUCAAACCAAUCCGGGCCAGAGCGAUGGCCAGGACAGAGGAAAACAAGGAGGACGAGACGGUUACCGGGGUCGAGGAGGAAAAGGAAAAGGGAGAGGACGAGGCCGCCGACCAAACCGAUACGGCGAUGACCAAUGUUUCAACUGCGGAGAAAAGACUCAUUGGAGAGAGGACUGCCCACACGAAAAGAGGGAGAAUAACUUUCAAACGAAACAAAUGGACCGUAACAAAGACAAUUCUUCAAACUGACAUGAGGUGAUGGAGGGAGCGGGGGAAGAAGGAGUUCGGGUGGAGGAGACGGAACCACUGCCGACAGCAUCAGACCAGGGAAGUCAUACACACACACACAUCAUACAAGCAAUUGAAACAUUGGAAAAUUUAGAGAGAAUGUCUGUAGAGGGAAAUGGCACAUAUUUGAAAUAUGACACUGAAAAGGCAUUUAAGAAAUUUCCCACACUGACGUUGGCUAUAAUGGGUAUCGAUGUCACAUUUCUGGUUGAUUCUGGGGCUACCCAUUCUGUAGUGAAGAAAGCAGAUUUGCCAGAUUGCAAAUUUAGUGGUAGAUUUAUCCACUCAAUAGGAGCGGCUGGGGUAACUGUAAAGGAGAGGUUUUCUGUACCGCUGCAGUGUAAAGAUAACGGGGAUGACAGUCACCCAUUUCCCACCUCAGUCAAACACAGUUUUCUUGUAUCAUCUGUCUGCCCCAUAAAUUUACUGGGGAGAGAUUUGAUUCUCCGGCUCGGGCUAGACCUCAUUUCUACAGAUGAGGGUCUCAAGGUCCGACGACCAUCCCCCACGCUGUUUCAGAAUCCCACAUUUGAUGAUAAAGAACUGUUGAGUGUGUACCAAUGGCUGUUGACAUGUCCUGAUUCUCAGGAAUUGUUGCGGUUGACUCGUCAACGUGUCUUUCCACCUGCUGUGUUCAUGGAAGCGCCUCAGUUGCAUUGUACGGCUAAUGUGAUUAAUGAUCCAUGUAAAUACUAUGAUGAGGCUUUCCUGUUGGAAUGUGUGAAUGAUGAGAUCAUGCUGAAAACCAUGUAUUGGAAUUCAGUGUGUAGUGCUAUUUCUGUCACACUCACACCAGCACAACACAAACUGUAUCAAAUCCCAGGGGCGGUCCCGCACAUUUCACUAGCUAGGGGGCCCACGGAGAAAUGGAGGGAUUUGGGUCCAAUCGUUAAAGAUUGGGAAUCUAGCACUGAUUGGACAAACACAGACGACCCGUUGAUUCAGUUUUCCCCAUCACAGAACGUGGUUAAGUAUAGCAUUGACUGCCCAGUUCAUGCGCUGCGUUCUAUGACUCUCACAGGCAGUGAUGACUAUGUUAACCCCGUUGCUGGCCCAUUUGACCCGGAGCUCUCAUGUUUCAGUCAUAUUUCUGAGCUCCCUGACGCGCUAAAAACAGUGCCGCAGACACUGUGGGCAGCACACAAAUAUGAUGUGGGAUUGAUUCGCUCAGCGGAACCGGUAGUGAUCACUCCUAAAACUACGUUCCGUCCAAAUCAGCCCCAGUACCCACUUAAGCGUGAAGCUGUUGAUGGCAUUCGGCCAGUGUUUACCUCUCUGCUUAAACAAGGGGUCAUUAUUCCGUGUAACGAUUCCCCGGUGCGCACUCCAGUGUUUCCUGUCAAAAAGAUCAGAGACAAACCUCCUGACGAAUGGAGAUUUGUCCAGGAUUUACGAGCUGUGAAUGCUGCAGUGCAUGCUCGCGCACCGUUGGUGCCAAAUCCUUAUCUGAUUCUUUCCCAAGUGCCAGCCACUGCAGCAUUCUUCACUGUCAUCGACCUCUCAAAUGCAUUCUUCAGUGUUCCUGUACACAAAGAUAGUCAAUUCUGGUUUGCGUUUGAAUAUGAUGGUAAACCAUAUACAUUUACGCGUUUGUGCCAAGGCUAUUGUGAAUCACCUACUGUGUACAACCAGGCAUUGUGUACAAGUUUGGCCUCUCUCCAAGUUUCUAAAGGCACAGCUCUCAUCCAGUAUGUUGACGAUCUUAUGAUUUGCGCCCCCACAGAAGAGCAGUGUGAGGCAGAUACUAUUGCAUUGUUAAUGCAUCUCGCAGCAGAAGGCCACAAGGCAAGUUUGUCAAAACUCCAAUAUGUAAAAAGAACAGUUACAUUUUUGGGUCAUGUCAUUUCAGGAGAGGGGAAGACGCUUUCAGAUAAGCGUAUUGCAUCAUUGGCAGCUCUGCCAAAACCUGUCACUAAGCGACAGAUGAUGUCAUUUUUGGGAAUGUGCUCAUACUGCAGGUCUUUUAUUCCAAACUAUUCGCCUAUUGAGUUGCCACUGCGUACAAUUACGCAUGUCAGUGGGUUGAAACCUACAGAUCACCUCACAUGGACAACUGAGGCCGAUGAAGCCUUCAUUAAAAUGAAGCUGGCUCUUCAAUCCCCACCAACGCUAGGCCUACCUGAUCACACUAAACCUUUCACUCAGGCAGUGGAUGAACGACAUGGGUGUAUGACCUCAGUUCUCCUUCAAGAUCAUGGGGGAAAACAAAGGCCUGUGGCCUAUUUCUCCUCCAAACUGGAUUCAGUAGCUGCUGGUCUGCCAAAAUGCCUCCGUGCAGUGGCUGCAGCUGAGAAAGCGCUGAACUCCUCACGUGACAUUGUGGGAUAUGCACCUUUGACCCUGCUAGUGCCACAUGCUGUUUCUCUCAUCCUCUGUGAACAAAGAACAUCACACCUCUCUGCUGCACGAUACCUUAGGUAUCACACAUGUCUGUUAGACAUGCCUAAUGUGUAUGUCAAGCGAUGUAACACUCUCAACCCAGCAUCUCUUAUGCCUUUACCUGAGGAUGGUGACGAACACGACUGUGUCGCCGAACUUUUGGUUGUGUGCACACCUAGACCGGACUUAAAAGACAUUCCUCUGACCAACUCUGACCUAAUUCUGUAUGUUGAUGGGUCUGCCUCUCGCGACCAGGGGGGCACUAAUCGGGUGGGAUUUUCUGUUGUUUCAGAUUCAGCGGUGCUCCGUUCCGGCCCGCUCCCAUGUCAUCUGUCGGCACAGGCAGCAGAGCUCAUCGCACUAACUGAAGCCUGCACGUUUGCAGAAGGCAAAACCGUGACUAUUUACACUGACUCACGAUAUGCUUUCGGGGUAGUACACGAUUUUGGGGCUAUUUGGAAGUGCAGACAAUUUCUGAAAAGUGAUGGUAAACCAGUGCUUAACCACGUACUGAUUGCAGGCUUAUUAGAUGCCAUUCUACUCCCAUCUGAAAUUGCAGUCUGCAAAUGUGCCGCACACUCAAGCAGCACAGACCCAGUUUCCUUAGGAAAUGCGUCUGCUGACUCAGCUGCAAAGGCAGCUGCUCUGAUUCCUCUCACACCUCACUCACACUCAUUUGUUAAAAUCCCUGUCACCUCCUACACUGACAAGAUGUCAUCACUGACGUCCAUGCAGCAGUUAGCUGAUAAAACUGAGAAAGCUCAGUGGAAGGCGGCUGGAGCUGUAUUUGACCCAACCGCCAGCAUCUGGUUUGGUCCAAAUUCCAAUCCAUGUCUUCCAAGACAUUUCUUCCCUCAUUUUGCUAAAUUGACACAUGGGUUAGACCAUGUGUCAAAAGGGGGGAUGUUAGAAGCUAUCAAUCAAGAGUGGUUCACAAGGGGGUUCACAGUGACAGCUCAGAAGCACUGUGGAGCAUGCCUGAUUUGCAUUACGCAAAAUUCUGGUAGACCAGUAAAGGUUACAGGACCCGGAGCACAUCCACCUCCCACUAGGCCAUUUGAGCACCUAAUGCUGGACUUCAUUGAGCUUAGCCCAUCGGAGGGUAAGAAGCACUGUUUGGUGGUGGUUGACAUGUGGUCCAAAUGGGUUGAAGCUUUUCCAGUAAAAGCACAGACAGCAAAUGCUGUGGCAAAAGCACUACUUAGGGAAAUCAUCCCUAGAUGGGGACUACCAGACAAAAUUUCUAGCGACAACGGUUCACACUUUGCUAAUGAGGCCAUUGCACAGAUAGGGGAAUACCUAGGCAUGGAUAUCAGGAAGCAUUGUGCUUAUCAUCCACAGAGUGGGGGUGCGGUGGAAAGAGAGAACGGCACAAUCAAAAACAAACUUGCAAAAUGCUGUGCAGACACAGGUCUGUCAUGGACACAAGCUCUGCCCAUUGUGCUGAUGUACAUGCGGAUGCGGAAACGAACGCGGAGCCAACUCAGCCCUUUUGAAAUCCUUUUUGGGGCUCCUCCACAGAUAGGACUCAAGGCUCCAGGAUGUCCUCUUCCCUCCACAACGUUGUGUGAGGAUGCUAUGUUGUCAUAUUGUGUUAACCUGUCAUCCACUUUAGCAGAUAUCCGACGUCAGGUAGCCGCAGCAUUGCCUACCCCUGCCACUGGUCCACUUCAUCAUCUCGAACCCGGUGACUUCGUGCUGGUCAAAGAUUUCCGGAGAAAGAGCUGGAAAUCCAAUCGUUGGCAAGGUCCCUACCAGGUGCUUCUCGUCACCCAGACAGCGGUCAAGGUCGCCGAGAGAGCUACGUGGGUCCACGCCAGCCACUGCAAGGUCGUAGUCACAGGCCAGGAGAGACGGUAGUAAGAGGGCAACAAGUGACGUGUCCUAGUCACCAACAAGGAGAAGCAGAGGGCAACAAGUGGCGUGUCCUAGUCACCAACAGCACCACACAUGCACAACAUACACCAAAAACCUAACACGACCCACACAGGGGGCCACCAGCGAGUGCCAGCUGAGCGGUUCCACAUGCCUCUGGUUUCUCGUUUGAUGUGCUUCCAGUGUGCGGGGUCUACUUGUCCGUGCCACAGGAUUCGAGCAAACACACACACAAACCAGACGGAGCAUCCCCGCCGCCGCAUGAUGAGAAGACGACUACGUAACCGUGAGCAAAGUGGAGAGGGGGGAUGUCACUGGAGAGCCUGGACAAUUAUGGAAUGGGUUCUGGGCAUUCUGGCAAUGAUAGUAAUGAUAGGAUUAAUCCUGUAUUUCAUGCAUCCAUGGCCAUUACGCGGCAGUUCGACCAGGGUCAAUGUGUACAAGAGGUACAUGGGGAAAGCGGGGCGAAUCACCUGGGCGGAAGGGCUAGUCAAACCAGGGGGUGGGAACAUCACUCUAAGGGAUGGGGAAGAUAGCACAGUGCAGCUGAACCCGUGCGACUAUAUGUAUUGCACCGAUCCUAAGAAGCUGGGGUGGGCGGAUGCCUAUGUAUGCUACGUCGAGGAUGAUAGUCACACCGCUACUCACUGCUCCGGGGGCUGGGCGUUUGUUCUAUGGACUACCGAGCAUAACGAUUGGGGGUAUACACUAUGGGACGACAAAACAAACAUCAAAGGGAGAUUGUCUAUCUCCAAGGUAAAUUCCUCGAGCCCCGUUAUCCUGUUGCAACUCCAGGAGGCCCGAAAAUCAGAUGGAGGUUAUUAUGUUGUCUGUAUGUAUGUAUCCGGCGCGGACCCAUGUGGGGCAUUUUUCAUAGACAUCGUAACCAAGAUUCAAACCCCCGAACCAGAGAGGAAGGGUAAGCAGCCUUUGACGCAACUACUGACAUCCAUAGGUACAUCCACGUUUCUAAAACGUAACCCGUAUGUAGGCAAUAACGACCAUAACAACAUUGAUCAGAUCCAGUCUAAUAAUGGUAUCACCGGUAACGUCUGGUGGCACACUCUGAGAUCAUUCCUGCAGGCGGCAGGACAAAGUGGGUCAUGUUAUGCAUGCACCCUGUUUCCUCAUGACUCAUCAAUGUCCGUGCCAGUUCGUCCACGCUCUCUGACCCGGGUGGAACAACUCUGCGCGUUUAUGGCUCUAACAAGGCCCGUCAAGGGGGAGGAUCGUGUAACCGAGUGGCGGUAUGCUAGGAUACUUCCCCCACCAUGCAGUAAUCGGUCCAACUCCUCACUGCGUUCAUCCGCAUUUGACAGCACAUACGAUAAGUACCAACCUGUCAGCCACGUGCACCCUAACCAUCUGAGCGGAAUGAAACACGACCUCUGUAUCCGGAGGGAGUAUCAGAAAACGUCCCUUGUACCACCUUACUUCUUCCUAGGCACCACUACCGGUUGCAUGCGUAUCCUGCGCAGCACAUGCGGUCAGGGUAUUCACAAUAUCUCGGGUUGUCUCAUACCAGGGGCCCCAAACAGGGAAUAUUCUAACCGCGCAUUCCCUGAGACCGACCACCCUCCCCUCCAUGUGUCCUGGCCCAGCGAUUCUGGGUUCAGCGCACCACAAGAUUAUGUCUGGCUGUGUGGCGACAAGCUAUAUCAAGUUCUGGCUCCCCUCUGGGUGGGGACAUGCGCCCUAGUAGAUUUAAACCCAGCAGUCACUGUCCUCACAUCUUUAAUGUACACGACACAUCAUUACACAGAGUUCCAACACCCCGACCACCACAAGGUGAAAAGAGAUCUGACGACACCAGGGGAAAAAUUCGUUGGAGGUCUGUUUCCAUGGUGGGGCACCGUAAACAAUGCCCAUAAGGUAGACGCCUUACACGUUCGUCUGGAGAACCUCACGUAUGAGACAACGCAAGGUUUUCAGGCAUUGACCCCAUUCAUGAUAGCCUCUAGGAAUAUGCUUAUGCAGCACCAAUUUGCGCUCGAUCUUUUGUUCGCCUCAAAGGGUGGCCUGUGCCAUGUGAUCGGUGACUCCUGUUGCACUUACAUUCCCGACGCCACAAGGAACAUCACUGACACCGUGCUACAUCUUAACAACCUAUUGGCCGACAUGAAAGCGGAUGACGUAUCCAACGUAGGGGGAUGGGACUGGUGGUCCUGGCUCACAGCGGGUGGGUGGGAAGCAUGGGUGGCUAGGAUAAUUACACCCUUGAUGAUCAUUUUUGGCCUGAUAAUCAUGUGUACCUGUUUGAUUAUUCCAGUACUGAAGAAAUGCGUGUCCAGCAUGAUAUCCUCAGCUUUUGUUCAGUAUGCUGCAAUUCCGCUAAACGAGAAUCCACGCCACAGCUAUGAUAAUCUCAUACCUUGCACUCCUUCCUAUGACACUCCCGACUAUGAGAAUGAAUCAGAAGAGUCCGAGUACGAGGCUACAAUAUAAUCCAUGCGAAGUAAAAUGUGCCCUCCUAUUAUGCCUUAAAAUAUAUAUAUCGGAGUCUGUCCUCCACAAAAACAGCCAGUUUUCUAUGAUAUGUUUAUGAUGUGUUUACUUAAACCAGGAAUGGGGUGUAUUCAUUGAUGUGUUAUAUCAGUCUAUCCUAUCAUUUUCAUUGAGUGAUCAAAGUAUGAUCAAAAGGGGGGAAUGUAAUGGCAAACUUUGUUUACAGGAAGGUUAAGGUUUCUUAUGGUGCAGACUUUCUAUAAAGACCAUACAUGGACAUAUCCACUGCAGUUCUUAAAAUGAUGUGUUCUGCUUGUAACCUUUACUAGUACUAUCAGCAUUUUCUAUAAUAAUAUAUAUCUGCUUAGGACCUCUGUCAGCAUUCUGCAAGUGUGUCUGCAAUGAUAUAUUGACACUCAUGACCUUAAAAAUGUCAUAGUCAGGUCUGGGUGAUGUGUUUUAGUUCAUGUCCUCUGUCUCCCUGGAAAGUGACAUUUAAGGUCGCCUCAGGUCUUAAACUUAACGAGGGGGCUGGGUACCAGGAGCAGGGCAAUGGGCAAGUUCCUGUUUAGUUUCCCUGUCUUAUAAUCAAGUUCCCCAUUUCUUAGCUUCCAUCUGUUGCUGACAAGUUUCCUAACUUCCCUCUUGCUGAACAGGCCCUUGGUUCGAUCUAUUAGUGAUUGACAGUUUCAGUUCCUUUGGAAAGCUUAUCUCUCCUGCCAGGGCCCCUCCUAAUGAGUGACGGGAUGUUGUUGAACUGACCAAAAUCCUAUAUAACCUGUAUGUAUUUUCUACUCUGCGCGCACUCUCUCAGGAUACUCUGUGUUCUGUGAGACCUGUGUCUUUGAAGCUUCAAAUAAAUAACCGGAAAGACAA